AUGGAACUAAUAACAAAUGGGGUGCUUGCAAGGGAAGCAGUCACAUUUAGUUCCACCAGUGGUGAACCUGUUGUUGUUGGAGACAUCUUAUUUGGAUGUGGACACAGCAACUCAGGAAAUUUCAAUGAAAAUGAUAUGGGAAUCAUUGGAUUGGGUGGAGGACCUCUCUCGCUUGUUUCACAAAUUGGUGAUCUUUAUGGGAGUAAAAGGUUCUCUCAGUGUCUGAUUCCUUUUCAUGCAGACCCUCAUACUUCAGGUACCAUUAGUUUUGGUGAUGACAGUGAUGUUUCAGGUGAAGGAGUAGCCACAACUCCUUUGGUCUCUGAGGAGGGUCAGACACCUUAUUUGGUCACCCUGGAAGGCAUAAGUGUUGGAGACACAUUUGUGCCUUUUAAUUCUUCAGAAAUGCUUUCCAAGGGGAAUAUAAUGAUUGAUUCAGGUACACCAGCAACAUAUUUACCACAAGAAUUUUAUGACCGUCUGGUAGAGGAAUUGAAGGUGCAGAGUAGUCUCUUACCCAUUGAUGAUGACCCAGACUUGGGCACACAACUUUGUUACAGAAGCGAGACAAAUUUGGAAGGGCCAAUUCUGACUGCUCAUUUUGAGGGGGCAGAUGUGCAGUUGAUGCCAAUACAAACCUUUAUACCACCAAAAGAUGGGGUAUUUUGCUUUGCAAUGGCUGGCACCACUGAUGGAGACUAUAUAUUUGGCAAUUUUGCUCAAUCAAAUGUUUUGAUUGGGUUUGAUUUAGAUAGAAGGACAGUUUCUUUUAAGCCAACUGAUUGCACUAAUCAGUAGAGAUUAUUUUAAUGUAAUUUUAGAGUAAGUAAUGGUGACAUGUAUAAUAAGAAGUUGAGGUCAAGAGAAAGACUAGGGAUAUAACAUCUUUAUACUUACUACAUUCAAAAUGAAAUAUGGUUUACAAA